UCUUCAUAAGUUCCUCUUCACUCUUCAGUCUUCACUCCUCACCUCCUCAAAAACUCUAUCUCAGGCAAAUCACAAAAGAGAAGGCACGGACCAGUUUUUUUGUUUUAUUUUUUGGUCUGAGACCCAUGGCUCUAGCUCUUCCUCAUUCACAGGCUCGCUUGCUACUCUCCUCUCAAAGCCCACCGGUCGUUCCUCUAUUCCGGCGAAUACGAAUGUCGAAGACGAGCGUUGAUUCGCCGCCGAUCCGCGCAAUCCGAUGCUCGGCGAAACCGAAUGACCAAGUUACCCUGAGAACGUGCAAGAAUUGCAAGACCCAGUACGACCCCGCCCUCAAUCACCCCCGCGCCUGCAGCUUCCACACUGCUCACUUUGGGGGAGAAACAAUGAGGAAGUUUGAGAGUGUAUAUUCAGGAGGCACCAUGGAUACUCCUGGCUCCGGCAAAGUUCUUCAAUAUUGGCAUUGCUGUGGGUCUGAAGAUCCCUUUGAUCCUGGAUGUACAGCAGCUCCCCAUUCCUCCUAUGAUGAUUGAUGAAGCUGCCAAUCUUCCACAAUUUAAAUAUGUAACACCCCCUUUCUGUAGGUUCGAACCAGAAAUGCAAGGAUACAAGAAUUCUAUAAACUGAAAAUCAAAGCAAAAAUUAAAACUUAAA